AUGGAGCUGCUGUCCACGCCCCACAGCAUCGAUGUCAGCAACAUCACCUGUGACUCCUUUCGCAUCUCCUGGGCCAUGGAGAACAGUGACCUGGAGAGGGUCACCCACUACUUCAUUGACCUGAACAAGAAAGAGAAUAAGAACUCCAACAAGUUCAAGCACCGGGAUGUCCCCACCAAGCUCGUGGCCAAGGCCGUGCCGCUGCCCAUGACGGUGAGAGGCCACUGGUUCCUGAGCCCCCGCACGGAGUACAGCGUGGCAGUGCAGACCGCCGUGAAGCAGAGCGACGGGGAGUACCUCGUGUCUGGCUGGAGCGAGACGGUCGAGUUCUGCACUGGGGAUUAUGCCAAGGAGCACCUGGCCCAGUUGCAGGAGAAGGCUGAGCAGAUCGCAGGCCGCAUGCUCCGCUUCUCCGUCUUCUACCGCAACCAUCACAAGGAGUACUUCCAGCACGCCAGGACCCACUGCGGGAACAUGCUGCAGCCCUACCUGAAGGACAACAGUGGCAGCCAUGGCUCCCCGACCAGCGGCAUGCUCCACGGGGUCUUCUUCAGCUGCAACACGGAGUUCAACACAGGCCAGCCCCCGCAGGACUCCCCCUACGGCCGCUGGCGCUUCCAGAUCCCCGCCCAGCGCCUUUUCAACCCCAGCACCAACCUCUACUUUGCGGACUUCUACUGUAUGUACACGGCCUACCACUAUGCCAUCCUGGUGCUGGCCCCCAAGGGUUCCCUGGGGGAUCGCUUCUGCCGUGACCGCCUGCCCCUCCUGGACAUUGCCUGCAACAAGUUCCUGACCUGCAGCGUGGAGGAUGGGGAGCUGGUCUUCCGCCACGCCCAGGACCUCAUCCUGGAGAUCAUCUACACCGAGCCUGUCGACCUGUCCCUGGGCACCCUGGGGGAGAUCAGCGGGCACCAGCUCAUGAGCCUGUCCACUGCUGACGCCAAGAAAGACCCCAGCUGCAAGACCUGCAACAUCAGCGUGGGCCGCUAG